AUGCCGAAAUUCCAAGUAGGCUGGUAUCGGUUCGUACCGUUCCUAGGAUACCACCAUGUCUUGAUGAUCUUGAUUGCAAUCGCCAUUAUCCUUCUAUCUCUACUUUUGGCAGGUUGUUCGUCAUCAUCACCUUUGAUCCCCGACAUCUUCCUCCUGUCGCUGUACUAUGACCAUUACACGGCAGUCCCUUCUACGGCGCAAGUCGAUUACAACGUCCACACUGCUAUUGAAAACAUUGCCGGUGAUGCCCGCCUUGCCUGCCGUGUUGGAUACUUUGGUAUCUGCAUCAGCCCGGAUGGUGGCAGUUGGCUUUGCAGCAACAAUGCCACCGCUCUCGCCAACGAGGUGUCGGUCGACCAGGACCCCCUGAACUUGAUUUGGCUUGCCGCUCAAUUCAAGGAUAUGAUUGUCUUCCCCUAUCUCAUCAUCAUCGCCAUCAUCUUCGCCUUCGUCUGCUUCCUUCUGCUCGCCACCUUCCCAGGCUGGCAUGAGGAGGAGGAUUCCGAGGGCUCCGACCGCGAAGUCAAGCCCUUCCCCUCGCGUCCCGUUUCCCAGAUUUCGCUGGCCAUCAUCUUCAUCGCCUCCAUCUUCGUGUUGGUCUCUGUACUUUGGCAGCACACUGCAUCCGUCGCUGCGUCGAUUAUUGCCCAAGAUUUCGGUAACGGUGCUGUCCGCUCUGGUGUCGGUACUUCCGCAAUGGUUCUCGGUUGGUUCAGCUUCACUUUGCUCAUCAUUGUCACCAUCGGUUUGUUGGUCAUGAUUCUCAGCAUUCGUGUUCUGAGCCAGAUGGUCGAUUAA